AUGACCUUCUCAAUGCAAAUCCCUCUCCUUCUGUUCCUCUUCUUCUUCCCUCUAUUAAACGCCUCAGACCCAAAACUUUGCUACUCUUCUUCGUGUAGUCUCGCAAAGAUCGACAGAAAGAUCAACGUUCGUUUCCCUUUCCGGCUAUCCCCCAAGCAACCUGAGUCAUGUGGCCACACAGGAUUCAACCUCCUAUGCACUGAUCAUCAAGAGACAACUUUAAAGCUUCCUAACUCUGAAACAUUUCUUGUCCAAGAAAUCGACUAUCUACAUCAACGUCUCAGCCUCAAAGACCCUGAGAACUGCUUAGCGAGACGACUUCUCAGCUUCGAUGCUUCAGGGUCUCCUUUUUCUCCUCUUCACCUUCUCAACUACGCCUUCUUGAGCUGUCCUAAAGAAUAUGUCAAUUCUUCUCUUUAUGGACCAAUUCAUUGCCUUGGUAAUUCCACGUCUUCCUUCUUCGCCACGCCUCUACUACUCGUGGGUUCGAUGCCAACCUCUUGUAAGAUCUUCAAGAAAUUACUUCUUCCUGUUUCUUCACCUCUCGCCUACAUGUCCGGAUUCGCCGGUGACCUCAACGACCAAAACCUCUGGCUGAAAUGGGACUCGCCGAAUUGUAGUGUUUGUGAGAGAAAGACUAAUUCAAGAUGUGGUUUCAUAAACAAUACCACCAGCCAAGUCCAAUGCAUAAGUUCUUUUAACUCCGGACUUCACAGCACAAGCUUACAAGUACUAAAGGUAAUAAGCCUCUCCCUAGUCGGACCACUCAUCGCAUUGACCUUUUGCGUUGGUCUUGUCAUGUGCAGUUCCGAGCAAGUCUCUUCGCAGAUACAACACGCCAUGGUUGCACGGCUUACUGGAUCCGUAAGACCGCAACCAAGCGAAGAAGUCAUCACAAGAACGGGUCUCGAUGACUCUACGAUUGAGUCGUACAAGAAAGUUGAGUUAGGAGAGAGUAGGAGACUCCCGACCGGGUCAAAUGAUACUCUAUGUUCCAUUUGUUUGUCGGAAUACGCAACCAAAGAGAGCGUUAGAUGCUUACCGGAAUGUGAACAUUGUUUCCAUACUGAAUGCAUCGAUGCGUGGCUCAAGCUGCAUAGUUCUUGCCCAGUUUGUCGAAGCAAUCCCUCUCCGGCUCGUGAAGGGUGCAACUAA